AUGGAUCGGGACCUCCCUUUUCACAGGUCUUAUCCAGUGGAUUCGGAUGACGAUGGUCCCGAGGAAGAAGUUGAUGAGGAUGGGUUCACAGCAGAAGAAGCCAAAGUUCAUGAGAAGGUGUUAGGCCGUGAUCAUCGGAUACCAUUGUUCCAUGAUAUGAGUUUUGCAGAUGAUGCCGUUGUUGACGGCGAUGAGGGUAAUGCGCUUGGACCAAGACCCAUUUCAUACCGUGAUAUGAAUGAGGAUGAGUAUGUCAUUGAGUCCGGAAUGAGGUUCCGAACCCUGUUGGAAUAUAAGGUAUGGAUAAAGGAGUACUCGGUUACGUAUCAUCAUCCAUACAAGGUAAUUCAUGCCGACACGAAGCUUCGUUACACGGUUAAAUGUGUUGAAGAUGGUUGUCCAUGGAUUGUGCGUGCAAGACCAUUGAAAGGAGGGCCUGAAUGGCACAUUUCAAGUUGUUGUGCAACUCACAUGUGCAAAGGAAAAAACAUAGAUGCCAAGGAUGUGAAAAUAGAUCACCGCCAACUGACCUUGGAAUUCAUCGGUUACAAGCUUUCCAAUUCCAUAAAGUCACUUCCGACAAUGUCAAUCAAAGAAGUAAUCGAACUUGUGGAGGCUCUUUUUCAUUACAAGGUGAAGUACGAGAAGGCAUGGAAGGCCAAGCAAGCCGCAUUCAAGAUGUUGUAUGGUGAUUGGGAGAAAGCAUACAACCGGCUCCCUAGGUUGUUGGGAGCCAUGGCUCAUACCAACCCAGGCAUGGUUCAUGUGGUAGAGCCUUUUGGCCUAAGAACUAGAAUUUACAACGGUGCAAAUGUCCGAGUCUUUGGCCGUGCAUUCUGGGCUUUCGAGCAGUGCAUAAGGGGUUUUCAGCACUGCAUGUCGGUCAUCUCCGUGGAUGGCACGUUCCUGACCGGAAAAUUCAAGGACACUCUCUUGGUUGCAAUAGCUAAUGAUGCGAACAACCGGCUGUUUCCACUGGCUUUUGCUUUGGUUUCUGCAGAGAAUAACGAUAAUUGGGCAUGGUUCAUAGGGCUAUUGAGAACGAAGGUUAUACCUCCACAAAUGGAAGUUUGUGUCAUCUCAGAUCACCACCAAGGCAUCCUCAAUGCAAUGGAGGUUCAUUUGGCGGGAUUUGCUCCAUUGCAUCAUCGAUGGUGCAUGAGGCAUUUUGUUGCCAACUUUUACAGGGCUUGUAAGAAGCUGGAGUUGUCGGAUUAUCUUUAG